UCUUCCAGCGGCUGUCGCUGGACUGGAGUUGCUGCCAAAUUGAUGUAAUAUCAUCGCCUUUGUCUAGAGGGGGAAACUCAAAUGCCGCCGCCUCCAGGAAGCCUCGGCCUCUCCCGAGGGCCCAGUGCUGGGUUUUACACCUACCCCCUUCCACCCCCGGCCCACGCGAGGGAGGAGAAAGGUCCAGCUUUAAUAAGCUAAUGCCGCUGUUGCUUGGAGGCCUGCCCGACCCCCGAACUCCCUCCCUGCCCGACUCGUUUCUCACCCGACUGACUCGCCAUGGACGCUACUCUGCUUGCCCGCCUGCUCCCUGGCCUAGCCAUCAAGAUUCAGCGAAGCAACGGCCUGAUUCAUAGUGCCAAUGUCAUGACAGUAAAUCUGGAAAAGUCCUCAGUCUCAGUGGAAUGGGCAGAAGGUGGCUCUACCAAGGGCAAAGAGAUUGACUUUGAGGAUGUGGCAGCCAUCAACCCGGAGCUUCUACAACUCUCUCCUCUCCCUGUGCACCCAAAGGACAGCCUGCCUCUGCAGGAGAAUGUGGCCGUCCAGAAACAAAAGCGCAGAUCAACCCUCUCCAAAAUCCCUGCUCCCAAAGAAGCUGUGCGUGGCCGUUCUACCCGCAUGUCUGCCAUCGCAGAGACCCAGAGACUCAUGGCCCAGGAGAAUGACAUGGAGGUCGACCUCUCGGCAGCUGCCAGCACCAGGAGCCAGUUCACAAUUCCCACGGGUCUCCCUCGUGCUCCCCGCACUGGCAUGCCCGAGAUCCCACUGGCUGCUGUCAGUGAAGCUCCAGAAGAGCAGACGUCUUCUAUCCGAAGCAGCUCUGCUGCCAACCCAGCGAAUGCAGUUCGAAGGAAGUCAUGCAUAGUGAAGGAAAUGGAAAAAAUGAAGACAAAACGAGAAGAAAAAAGGGCCCAGAACUCAGAAAUGCGGAUCAAGCGGGCACAGGAAUACGACACUAGCCUACCAAACUGGGAGUUUGCACGGAUGAUUAAGGAAUUCCGAGCUACCCUGGACUGUCAGAGACUCACUAUGACUGACCCUAUAGAGGAACAUCGGAUAUGUGUCUGUGUAAGGAAGCGUCCUCUUAAUAAGCAAGAACUGGCCAAGAAAGAGUUUGAUGUGAUCUCCGUUCCCAGCAAGUGCCUCCUGCUGGUGCACGAGCCCAAGUUGAAAGUGGACCUGACUAAGUACCUGGAGAACCAGGCGUUCCGCUUCGACUUUGCCUUCGAUGAAACGGCGUCCAAUGAGGUUGUCUACAGGUUCACAGCCAGACCAUUGGUGCAAACGAUCUUUGAAGGAGGAAAGGCGACCUGCUUCGCAUAUGGCCAAACAGGCAGUGGCAAAACCCACACAAUGGGCGGCGACUUCUCUGGGAAAAGCCAGAACGCAUCCAAGGGCAUCUACGCAUUUGCCUCACGAGAUGUCUUCUUGCUAAAGAAUCAGCCCCGAUACAAAAACCUCAGCCUUGAAGUCUACGUGACCUUCUUUGAGAUCUACAAUGGGAAGCUAUUUGACCUUCUGAACAAGAAGGCCAAGCUUAGGGUACUAGAAGAUGGCAAGCAGCAGGUACAGGUGGUGGGGCUGCAGGAGCACCUGGUGAACUCGGCGGACGAUGUCAUCAGGAUGAUUGAGACAGGCAGCGCCUGCAGGACCUCAGGGCAGACGUUUGCCAACGCCAGCUCUUCCCGGUCCCAUGCCUGCUUCCAGAUCCUGCUCCGGGCCAAAGGGAAGCUGCAUGGCAAGUUCUCCCUGGUGGAUCUGGCCGGGAACGAGAGAGGGGCUGACACAUCCAGUGCCGACCGGCAGACCCGCAUGGAAGGGGCCGAGAUCAAUAAGAGCUUGCUGGCCUUGAAGGAGUGUAUUCGGGCUCUGGGACAGAAUAAGGCGCACACACCAUUCCGGGAGAGCAAACUGACCCAGGUGCUCAGGGACUCCUUCAUUGGGGAGAACUCCCGGACCUGCAUGAUCGCCAUGAUCUCCCCUGGGAUGAGCUCCUGUGAAUAUACUCUGAACACCUUGAGAUAUGCAGACAGGGUCAAAGAGCUGAGCCCUCACAAUAGUGGGAAUGGCGAACUGCAGACCCAGAUGGAGACAGAGGAGGAAGACCUGGAGCCCAACUCAGACAGUGGCCUUCACCCCCAUGGUCUGUCCAAGGAUGAAGAGGAGCUCUCGUCUCAGAUGUCCAGCUUCCAGGAGGCCAUGACUCAGAUCGGGGAGCUCGAGGAGAAGGCCAUCGAGGAGCUCAAGGAGAUCGUUCAGAAGUGGGCUAACUGGGUCGAGCUGCUGGAGACCACAGAGCAGCCAGACUAUGACCUGGAGACCUUUGUGAACAAAGCUCAGCACGCUGCCACAGAGGGCAUCAAGAACUUCAGCAACCUCCAAGAUGUCCUGCGGGCCUUGCGCCUGGCCAUGCAGCUGGAAGAGCAGGCCAGCCAGCAGAUGAGCAGCCACAAACGACCUCAGUAACAUGCCAAUAAAAUAUGUUUGAUGGUUAAGCUCUUCCUUCAGGGGUGUCUGGAUGCCCUCCUUGUUUGGGGGGCCAGGGCACAUUGCUGGGAUGUUUUCCCACUGGAUCCGGGCCUGGGCAGCCUCUAAGGCCCACUGCCUACCCUCUGCCCUGAAGGGGCAAGCCCCGCUGCUGCCAGCCGGCUUUUUUCCAUGUCUGUCGUGUAGGGUUUUCUAUUGUACAGUCUUAGUGAGUGUCGGGUCUGUGUGACUGAUGGGUGACUGGCUGGCAGCUGCUCCAGAGCUGCGUGGAGGUGAGGGAGUAGCAGCCUUCCCUUCAGCUCUGCUUCCAUGGCUCCGGCCCAUCUUCCAGAGCACACAGUUCUGGGCCUUGUUGGCCUGCCCAGUGUCUGCUUAUGGUGGGGUGUAGGGGUUUGUUUUUUUGUUUUUUUUAAAAGAUUCUGAAGCCCUUUCUCCUCGCUCCCUCUGACAACCCUCUUGGGUUUCGUUGAGGUGAAGGGGUCCUGUCUGUUGUGUUGUGUGUUGUCGUCUGUAUUUAAACA